UCUGGGGAUGCAACCGACACGACGCGCAGGGGCUCUGGGGAUGCAACCGACACGACGAGAAGAGGCUCUGGGGAUGCAACCGACACGACGAGAAGAGGCUCUGGGGAUGCAACCGACACGACCCGCAGGGGCUCUGGGGAUGCAACCGACACGACGAGAAGGGGCUCUGGGGAUGCAACCGACACGACCCGCAGGGGCUCUGGGGAUGCAACCGACACGACGAGAAGAGGCUCUGGGGAUGCAACCGACAUGACCCGCAGGGGCUCUGGGGAUGCAACCUACACGACCCGCAGGGGCUCUGGGGAUGCAACCGACACGACCCGCAGGGGCUCUGGGGAUGCAACCGACACGACCCGCAGAGGCUCUGGGGAUGCAACCGACACGACCCGCAGGGGCUCUGGGGAUGCAACCGACACGACCCGCAGGGGCUCUGGGGAUCCAACCGACACGACGAGAAGAGGCUCUGGGGAUGCAACCGACACGACGAGAAGAGGCUCUGGGGAUGCAACCGACACGACGAGAAGAGGCUCUGGGGAUGCAACCGACACGACCCGCAGGGGCUCUGGUGAUGCAACCGACACGACCCGCAGAGGCUCUGGGGAUGCAACCGACACGACGAGAAGAGGCUCUGGGGAUGCAACUGACACAACCCGCAGAGGCUCUGGGGAUGCAAACGACACGACCCGCAGGGGCUCUGGGGAUGCAACCGACACGACCCGCAGAGGCUCUGGGGAUGCAACCGACACGACGAGAAGAGGCUCUGGGGAUGCAACCGACACGACGAGAAGGGGCUCUGGGGAUGCAACCGGGACGACACGAAGGGGCUCUGGGGAUGGAACCGGGACGACACGCAGGGGCUCUGAGGAUGCAACCGGGACGACGAGAAGGGGCUCUGGGGAUGCAACCAGGAUGACACGCACUCCUGGGAAUGCAACCAGGACAACACGAAGAGGCUCUGGGGAUGCAACCAGGACGACGAGAAGAGGCUCUGGGGAUGCAACCAGGACGACGAGAAGGGGCUCUGGGGAUGCAACCAGGAUGACACGCACUCCUGGGAAUGCAACCAGGACAACACGAAGAGGCUCUGGGGAUGCAACCAGGACGACGAGAAGAGGCUCUGGGGAUGCAACCAGGACGACGAGAAGAGGCUCUGGGGAUGCAACCAGGACGACACGCACUCCUGGGAAUGCAACCAGGACAACACGAAGAGGCUCUGGGGAUGCAACCAGGACGACGAGAAGGGGCUCUGGGGAUGCAACCAGGACGACACACACUCCUGGGAAUGCAACCAGGACAACACGAAGACGCUCUGGGGAUGCAACCAGGACAACACUAAGACACUCUGGGGAUGCAACCAGGACAACACUAAGACGCUCUGGGGAUGCAACCAGGACAACGAGAAGAGGCUCUGGGGAUGCAACCAGGACGACGAGAAGAGGCUCUGGGGAUGCAACCGACACGACCCGCAGGGGCUCUUGGGAUGCAACCGACACGACCCGCAGAGGCUCUGGGGAUGCAACCGACACGACGAGAAGAGGCUCUGGGGAUGCAACUGACACAACCCGCAGAGGCUCUGGGGAUGCAACCGACACGACCCGCAGGGGCUCUGGGGAUGCAACCGACACGACCCGCAGAGGCUCUGGGGAUGCAACCGACACGACGAGAAGAGGCUCUGGGGAUGCAACCGACACGACGAGAAGAGGCUCUGGGGAUGCAACCGACACGACGAGAAGGGGCUCUGGGGAUGCAACCGGGACGACACGAAGGGGCUCUGGGGAUGCAACCGGGACGACACGCAGGGGCUCUGGGGAUGCAACCGGGACGACGAGAAGGGGCUCUGGGGAUGCAACCAGGACGACACGCACUCCUGGGAAUGCAACCAGGACAACACGAAGAGGCUCUGGGGAUGCAACCAGGACGACGAGAAGAGGCUCUGGGGAUGCAACCAGGACGACGAGAAGAGGCUCUGGGGAUGCAACCAGGACGACGAGAAGAGGCUCUGGGGAUGCAACCAGGACGACGAGAAGGGGCUCUGGGGAUGCAACCAGGACGACGAGAAGAGGCUCUGGGGAUGCAACCAGGACGACGAGAAGAGGCUCUGGGGAUGCAACCAGGACGACACGCACUCCUGGGAAUGCAACCAGGACAACACGAAGAGGCUCUGGGGAUGCAACCAGGACGACGAGAAGAGGCUCUGGGGAUGCAAUCAGGACGACGAGAAGAGGCUCUGGGGAUGCAACCAGGACGACGAGAAGAGGCUCUGGGGAUGCAACCAGGACGACACGCACUCCUGGGAAUGCAACCAGGACAACACGAAGACGCUUUGGGGAUGCAACCAGGACAACACUAAGACGCUCUGGGGAUGCAACCAGGACGACGAGAAGAGGCUCUGGGGAUGCAACCAGGACGACGAGAAGGGGCUCUGGGGAUGCAACCAGGAUGACACGCACUCCUGGGAAUGCAACCAGGACAACACGAAGAGGCUCUGGGGAUGCAACCAGGACGACGAGAAGAGGCUCUGGGGAUGCAAUCAGGACGACGAGAAGAGGCUCUGGGGAUGCAACCAGGACGACGAGAAGAGGCUCUGGGGAUGCAACCAGGACGACACGCACUCCUGGGAAUGCAACCAGGACAACACGAAGACGCUCUGGGGAUGCAACCAGGACAACACUAAGACGCUCUGGGGAUGCAACCAGGACAACACUAAGACGCUCUGGGGAUGCAACCAGGACAACGAGAAGAGGCUCUGGGGAUGCAACCAGGACGACGAGAAGAGGCUCUGGGGAUGCAACCAGGACGACACGCACUCCUGGGAAUGCAACCAGGACAACACGAAGAGGCUCUGGGGAUGCAACCAGGACGACGAGAAGAGGCUCUGGGGAUGCAACCAGGUCAACACGAAGAGGCUCUGGGAAUGCAACCAGGACGACGAGAAGAGGCUCUGGGGAUGCAACCAGGACGACGAGAAGAGGCUCUAGGGAUGCAACCGACACGACGAGAAGAGGCUCUGGGGAUGCAACCAGGACGACGAGAAGGGGCUCUGGGGAUGCAACCAGGACGACGCACACUCCUGGGAAUGCAACCAGGACAACACGAAGAGGCUCUGGGGAUGCAACCAGGACGACACGAAGGGGCUCUGGGGAUGCAACCAGGACGACACGCAGGGGCUCUGGGCAUGCAACCAGGACGACGAGAAGAGGCUCUGGGCAUGCAACCAGGACGACGAGAAGAGGCUCUGGGCAUGCAACCAGGACGACGAGAAGAGGCUCUGGGGAUGCAACCAGAUCGACACGAAGGGGCUCUGGGGAUGCAACCAGGACGACACGCAGGGGCUCUGGGCAUGCAACCAGGACGACGAGAAGAGGCUCUGGGCAUGCAACCAGGACGACGAGAAGAGGCUCUGGGCAUGCAACCAGGACGACGAGAAGAGGCUCUGGGCAUGCAACCAGGACGACGAGAAGAGGCUCUGGGCAUGCAACCAGGACGACGAGAAGAGGCUCUGGGGAUGCAACCAGGACGACGAGAAGGGGCUCUGGGAUUGCAACCAGGACGACACGAAGGGGCUCUGGGGAUACAACCAGGACGACACGCAGGGGCUCUGGGGAUGCAACCUGGACGACACGCACUCCUGGGAAUGCAACCAGGACAACACGAAGAGGCUCUGGGGAUGCAACCAGGACGACACGAAGGGGCUCUGGGGAUGCAACCAGGACGACACGCAGGGGCUCUGGGGAUGCAACCAGGACGACACACACUCCUGGGAAUGCAACCAGGACGACGAGAAGAGGCUCUGGGGAUGCAACCAGGACGACGAGAAGAGGCUCUGGGGAUGCAACCAGGACGACGAGAAGGGGCUCUGGGGAUGCAACCAGGACGACGAGAAGGGGCUCUGGGGAUGCAACCAGGACGACGAGAAGGGGCUCUGGGGAUGCAACCAGAUCGACACGAAGGGGCUCUGGGGAUGCAACCAGGACGACACGCAGGGGCUCUGGGCAUGCAACCAGGACGACGAGAAGAGGCUCUGGGCAUGCAACCAGGACGACGAGAAGAGGCUCUGGGCAUGCAACCAGGACGACGAGAAGAGGCUCUGGGCAUGCAACCAGGACGACGAGAAGAGGCUCUGGGGAUGCAACCAGGACGACGAGAAGAGGCUCUGGGAAUGCAACCAGGACGACACGAAGGGGCUCUGGGGAUGCAACCAGGACGACACGCAGGGGCUCUGGGGAUGCAACCAGGACGACACGCACUCCUGGGCAUGCAACCAGGACGACGAGAAGAGGCUCUGGGCAUACAACCAGGACGACGAGAAGAGGCUCCGGGGAUGCAACCAGGACGACGAGAAGAGGCUCUGGGGAUGCAACCAGGACGACGAGAAGAGGCUCUGGGAAUGCAACCAGAUCGACACGAAGGGGCUCUGGGGAUGCAACCAGGACGACGAGAAGAGGCUCUGGGGAUGCAACCAGAACAACACGAAGGGGCUCUGGGGAUGCAACCAGGACGACACGCAGGGGCUCUGGGGAUGCAACCAGGACGACACGCACUCCUGGGAAUGCAACCAGGACGACGAGAAGAGGCUCUGGGGAUGCAACCAGGACGACGAGAAGAGGCUCUGGGGAUGCAACCAGGACGACAAGAACCAUCACUAGGAAGCCAACUGAGAAGACUGAAACCAGUGCUUCGGAGGUAACAAAGGCCCCUACAUCUGUUGUCUGCAGAGCUUCUAGUAUGGUGUUGGAGCUGCCUAAGGAACUUCUAAAACGUGUCCUGUUUCUAGAUAAAUCCAACCAGUGGGUAGCUGUCAUUGAUGCUCCUGAGUACUGCAACUACACCUUGUUUCAGGGAAUCGGAAGGAACUUCUUCAUAACACCCUACACAGCCUGUGAUGUCAGGAUACUGAAUAAAAACUAUGUUUUGAAGCUAUGGUAUCUGACAACUGGUGGAGAAAAAGGGUAUGUGCUGAUGAAAUGUCCCACCAGUGCUGGAGAACCAACAGAGGCCCCUUCACCUACUUCCACCACUAGGAAGCCAACAGAACCAGUGCCUAUUGCAACUACUAUCUGCAGAGCCUCUACCAUGAUGGUGGUGCUCCCUCCGGGACCCCUGGAAGAAGUCUUACUAAUAGAUCAAUCCAAUAAGCUGGUUCCUGUCAAAGAUGCCCCCAAGUACUGCAACUAUAGUCUGGUAGAGGGUGAAGGAAGGAACAUCUUCAUAACCCCCUACACAACCUGUGAUGUUAAAAUAUUGAAUAAGAAUUAUGUCCUGACCCUACACUAUACCACCACUGAGGGGGUGUUUGGCUAUGUGUGCAUGAAAUGUCCAACCAGCUCAGCCCUACCAACAAUAUCGCCACUCCCUCCCUUUGGGGUGUCUGUCAUCUGCAGUGAUACUUGCAUGACAGUGGAGCUUCCUGGGGGACUUCUAGAAGAUAUCCAAUUAAUGGAUGAAUCCAAUAACUUGGUAGCUGUUGCCAGUGCUCCCAAGAUUUGUGGCUACAGUUUGGUGAGGGGAAAUGGCAAGAACAUCUUGACUGCCCCCUACAAUGCCUGUAAUGUCAAGAUACUGAACAACUUCUAUAUCCUGAGAGUCCUUUACACCACUCUUACUGGGCAGCAUGGAGAUAUACAUGCCAAGUGUCCUGUUCCUGGUCUAGUACCACGUGAGGGUUGCAAGAUACCAAGAAGUCAGCAGGUUGCUUGUGGUCCACCUAAUGCUGAUCCACAACUCUGUGUGGCCAAUGGAUGUUGUGUGGAUGCAACAACUUCCCAGUGUUACUAUCCUUUGGAUGCAUGCACAGCAGAUGGGCAUUUUGUAUUUGCAGUUUACCGCACCUCAACCAAGCCUGAAAUAGAUCCUGGUAGUCUAGUAAUUGCAGGAAACCAAUCCUGUGCCCCUGUAAUCUGUACUCCAGACUUUGCUAUCUUCAAAUUCCCAGUGACUGGCUGUGGGACACAUGUCUUUAUGGUGGCAGAGACUACAAUCUAUCUUGCUGAAGUUCAUGGCAUGGUUCGAGGGACCGGGCAGGUGUAUGGAGAAAUUACCAGAGACCGCUCUUACCGCCUCCAGGUGGAAUGUCGCUAUUCUAAAGGAAGUUUGGCCAGCACUGGUUACUUGGUGGUGAAUCCACCGCCUCCAUCAGCAGCCUUGGCUUUUGGCUCACUUGGGGUUAGGUUAAGGAUUGCCGCAGAUGCCAGCUACACAACUUUCCACCCACUGUCCCAUCUGCCCCUGAGCUUCUUGCUUGGAAGCAAGGUGUAUCUGGAAGUGCAGCUUAUGAACCCUCCUGACCCCAAUGUAGUUCUGCUGGUCCACUACUGCAUCGCCUAUCCCCAGUCCUCUCAAGCUGCCUGGGUGAUCCUCUAUGAAGGUUGUCCAAACAUCCUGGAUUACAGCAGUGCUGCUGGCCUCCAUGUCGAAUACGAUAACAUGCCUGUAUCCAAGCACACUCGACGCUUUGAAAUACAAAGCUUCCAGUUCCUGGACUACAAGACCAAGCAGCAUUUGGAUGAGGAUAUCUAUUUUAUGUGUUCAACUGAAGUGUGUUCCCCAAAACGCAGUGUUUGUAAUGAAGGAUGCUUUGAUGGGAGAGAUAUGCCUGUUCCAGUAGAUCUUGGUGUGGGAGGGCGCUGUGCAGGACAGCCUUGUCCUGGGAAUGUAGUCAAGCGAGCUGCUCAUGGUGAAGGAACCUUCAUUUUGGAUGAGAAUGUGCUCCAUGAACAAACGGAGAAGCACUGGACGCACUUCCAUGGUCUCCUGGGGCUGCUUGGUUUGCUGGUCUCGGUAUCUGUUGUAAUACUCUUCCUCAAGAAAUGGGUUGUCUGGAAAUUGUCAGAUCCUGGAGAAGCAGUCUAACUUGAAUAAACAUAACUUGUUUGAAA